UUUAUUUUUUUUUCUGUUUCUGUCACCUUCCUCUCUCUUUCUCUCUCUCUUUUUGGGCUAACGGGUUUCUCAUUUCUGGGACAAAGUCUGUUCCUUUCGAUCCGCAAUGUCCAGAUGGUUGAUUGAAUUUGAGCAUCAAGAAGAAGAACAAAACUAACAGAGAUAGAUAGAGAGAGAGCAAAGGAUCUGAAGUUCAACGCCUGUUUCAAAGAGAUCUGAAAGCUCAAAUAUCUUCGAGCUUUGAGCGGGGACAAUGAGCGCUUCAAGAUUCGUAAAGUGUGUGACGGUUGGUGAUGGAGCUGUCGGAAAAACAUGUUUGUUGAUUUCUUACACAAGCAACACUUUCCCUACGGAUUAUGUGCCAACCGUUUUCGAUAAUUUCAGUGCAAAUGUUGUGGUUAAUGGAGCCACCGUUAAUCUUGGAUUGUGGGAUACUGCAGGGCAAGAGGAUUACAACAGAUUAAGACCACUAAGCUACCGUGGAGCUGAUGUUUUCAUAUUGGCCUUCUCUCUUAUCAGUAAAGCCAGUUAUGAAAACGUCUCCAAAAAGUGGAUCCCGGAGUUGAAGCAUUACGCGCCUGGUGUCCCCAUCAUCCUUGUUGGAUCAAAGCUUGAUCUUCGAGAUGAUAAGCAAUUCUUCGUCGACCAUCCUGGCGCUGUCCCGAUUACAACUGCUCAGGGAGAGGAGCUGAGGAAGCUAAUAGAUGCACCUACUUACAUCGAAUGCAGUUCCAAAUCUCAAGAGAAUGUGAAAGCUGUCUUUGACGCAGCCAUACGAGUGGUGUUGCAACCGCCUAAGCAGAAGAAGAAAAAGAGCAAAGCGCAGAAGGCAUGCUCCAUCUUGUGAUGAAUGAUGUGAUUGGAAAGCUAUUGUUUUUAUAUAUUUGUUGGUUUUUGGUAUAUUAAACAUCAUCUAACAAUGCAUCAAUGUGUUAAUGGACAGAGACACCCAUGUUUGGUUUUGGU